AUGGAUCCCCUCCACACCCGCAUCAUGGAAUCCAUGGGUGCAACUGUCAUGCUAUUCCGCGUCGUCGUGUGGCACCCCAAUGCCCACCUGCGUGCUUUGCUGGACUGGGCAUAUGGCGUUGAGGAGCUGUUGGGAAUGUUCACCCAGCAAAAGCUCACAAAGCCGACACUGGCCCAGGAGAGGAAGGCUGUCAGGGAGUAUUCGGCGUCUGUGAGCACAACGCGACCAUUCAAGGACGCAGCUGGCAAUCGCAAGAGCGUCUUCACCAAGGAGGAGCGACAACAAGGGGCUAAAAUAAUAUUUGCGAGCUACACAACUAUUCGCGCCUUGGUCAAAGAUAUCAUGGCAGUCAAGGGUAUCAUCGUUACCCGUGAUUUCCUUCCUGAUAUCGUGCUCCACCGACUCCUGCACCUUUCUGCCACUUUGGGUUUCGAGGGGGUCCUUGCGGUUUGGCCUUGUGCCAGGCAACACAAUUUCGGGUCAUCUGUUCUCGAGGGCUUUAGCAGUCUGGCCACCUGGGUAUGCGCUCGCAACUUGGGGUACCUCAACGCAAACCCAGAAGCCGGCCUGACCAGGCGGACCGCUGACCAGUCGGGUCCAGAGCGCCACCCGGAAGGUGCUGGUUCUCUACCUGACUGGGACGUGUUUGUCAUGCUGAAAGAUUGGAUGCUCGAAGCUCUGAUGUCGAAAUGCCUGGAGAAGGGACAAAUACCUUUUCCUUGGAAUCCGUUGUUCGGGGACCCGUUUCCAAUGGCGCAGCAGCAGUCCAUUAUGGAUGCCGAGGCUCUCGACCUCGCGUUUGACCAGGUACUCGCCGCGCUUCCGGGCUACCCAGAUCCCAAACUGGCCCGACUCACGAGAAAGGAGGCACUGGACUUGCUCAACGUGUCCCCUUAUUUCGUGACACGUUACAUUUCGACGGAAAUGGAGCAGCCUGGCGCUGUUCUCGUGAAUCUCAUCAUGCAGCAAGUGCGUCGCAACACGGGCCGAGGAUAUGGGUACCCGUCCACGUACUACCCAAAGGUAGUGGCGUUCUUCGAGCACAACCGCACCGGCCGCCGUUCUCCGCACGCCGAGUCGCACGAGCCUGCAACUCUGGAGCAGAAGAUGGAACUCUGGGAAUUGUUCCACCAGGGAGACGACAAGCUUCCGUCGCCGGCAGACCUCGCGCUCAAGUACCCCGGGGCUACCAUGAGCAGCCUCGUGGACGCGGCAGUCUCGUCGUCUCGUCCCGGGGCGAGCCACAUUGACGCAGGCGGGGACGAGGAGGGGGCCUGUGGCCAAGGAGCAGAUGAGCCAGAAGCGAGGGAUGCCAAGUAG